AUGCUUUCUGCGGUACUUUUCGUCGCGGCCUGUGCUGCUACUGCAGUUGCACAGACUAUCACACUACAAGCGGAGUCAGCAACUUUGUCAGGCGUGAUUGUUGGAACGGCUGUCGCUGGAUUUACAGGUUCGGGAUACGUAGAAGGGUUCGAUGAGUCGACCGACUCCAUCAAGUUCACAGCAGAUAUCACUACGGCAGGCUUAUACGAUUUGAGUAUCGUAUACAAUGGCCCUUACGGUGACAAGUACACCUACAUCGUAGCUAAUGGUGCUGGGUCUCAAAUCUCGCUUCCCGCCACGACUGAAUGGAAGACUGUAUCUGCAGGCCAGGUUUUGCUCACUGCUGGCAAAAACGCUCUCGAGAUCCAGAGUAAUUGGGGCUGGUAUCUUGUCGAUGCGAUUACACUGUCACCUUCUGCCCCACGAGGACCCCAUAAAGUCACCACUAAACCAGUAAACAAGAAGGCUAAUGCAGAUGCCAAAGCACUGCUUAAAUAUCUGGGAAGCAUUUAUGGAAAGCAUAUCCUCUCCGGCCAACAAGAUCAGGCUUCACUUGAUUGGGUUACUACAAAUGUCGGAAAAACGCCUGCUAUUCUUGGGCUUGACUUCAUGGACUAUACCGAAUCUCGAACGUCGCGGGGUGCCUCCUCCACUGAUGUGGAUAAAGCUAUUGCAUUCGCAGCCAAGGGUGGGAUUAUCACUUUUGCCUGGCACUGGGGCGCACCAGUAGGUCUAUACGAUAAUGAAACCGAGCCUUGGUGGUCCGGAUUCUAUACGAGAGCCACGGAUUUCAACAUCGUCGAUGCACUUGCUGAUACUAAGAAUGCGAACUACACGUUACUGAUCAAAGAUAUCGACACAAUUGCGGUUCAGCUGAAGAAGCUGCAGAACGCAAAAGUGCCCGUCUUGUUCCGGCCACUCCACGAGGCGGAGGGAGGCUGGUUUUGGUGGGGCGCACAUGGCCCUGAGCCAGCCAAGAAGUUGUAUCGAAUCGUAUAUGAAAGGUUAACUACGCAUCACGGCAUCAACAACUUGAUCUGGGUGUGGAAUUCCGUCGCAAAAGACUGGUACCCUGGCAGUGAUGUUGUCGACAUCGUCAGCGCCGAUACUUAUAGUCAAGGUGACCAUGGGCCUGUGUCUGCUACUUACAACAAUUUACUCGCACUAACAAACGAUACUAAAAUCAUCGCUGCGGCUGAGAUUGGAUCAGUUAUGGAGCCGGCAUUGCUGAAGGCCUAUCAGGCGGAUUGGGUGUACUUCUGCGUCUGGUCUGGUGAUUUCAUUUCAGGUGGGCAAUGGAACAGCCUCUCAUUCCUCAAAGAAGUGUACAAUGAUGAGUAUGUUCUCACACUGGAUGAGAUACAGGGUUGGAAAGGAGGCAAGGCAUAGUAAAGUUAGAUAGUGAGUGCCUGACAUUGAAGCCAACAACAUUUGAAUCCUAGUAAUUUUACCUCUCAUACAAGAUGGUACAUUGGCAACUUAAGUUUGUUUUAAUCUAUAGAGGCCUGCAUCUGCUGCGUGAUUGCGCCGAACAUUCUAGCUGGUUUAUCCUAAUCUCU